AUGGUGGGUGCCUUUGGUUUCUCUUCUCGUGCCUCUGAUCAACUAUUUCAUCAGAAAUACCUUGGCUCUGGUCUCUCCUCUUCGAUUCAUGCAGGAAGAGGGGCGGGCUGCGGAGACGUCGCCGGGCUAUGUCGACUGGAGAAACAGGGCAGCGUUGAAGGGCAAGCACGGCGGCAUGCUGGCAGCCUCCUUUGUUCUCGGUACCUCUCUGAAUCGGACCUCAAACCCCCCACCCCCCAUUGAAGGGGGGACCCUUCCUUUCUGCAUGCAGGAGUAGCCAAUAGAAUGAAUCCUCUCUAAGCGUCGUUCCAAAUGGCAGCGGCGGAGGUGUUGGAGAACCUUGCCUUCCUGGCGAACGCGAGCAACCUAGUGACCUACCUGACGGGAUCCAUGUACUUCUCCCCGGCCCGCUCCGCCACCGCCGUCACCAACUUCAUGGGCACCGCCUUCCUCCUCGCCCUCCUUGGCGGCUUCCUGUCUGACGCCUUCUUCACCACCUACCUCAUCUUCAUCGUCAGCACCACCGUCGAGUUCCUGGUAUUCCUGAAAACUCUCCAUCAUCUGUAGAAGCACCAAUAACUUCCGACCCCCGUCUCCGCCGCCACCUACGUCCGAAUGCGGCGGUAGCGUGGCGGCGCUGGCGCUUCUCCGGCGACUGGCAUCGCGGUGGUCCAGAAAGAACCAUGUGCCGCCCAUCCGACGCGUGGAUUUGAUAUGAUAUUAUGAACUUGGGCCCCACCGUAAUCUGAAAGCACCCACAGAAAAUAUUAGGCUUUAUUGCUAUUCGAACUAAAAUAUUAUCUUCCAAUUUAGGAGACGCUCGUGUCAGCCGGCAGGGCCGUGGUUAUUGCCAGGACCCCCCCUUCCUUAUCGUGCUGAGGAUGCUCCCUAUCCUUUCCAUAAUAUUCUGAGUCAUGAACAGGGACUGGUUAUCCUCUAUAUUCAAGUUCGCUCGCCGGCGCUGAAGCCGCCGAUGUGCGAGAAGGCCCCCUGCGAGGCGGCCUCCGGGGGGAAGGCGGCGUUGCUGUUCGCAGGGCUCUACGUAGUGGCGCUGGGGGUCGGCGGCAUCAAGGGUUCGCUACCGACCCACGGCGCCGAGCAGUUCGACGGGGAGACCGGGCGGGGGCGCAGGGAAAGGUCCACCUUCUUCAACUACUUCGUCUUCUGCCUCGCCACCGGCGGUCUCAUCGCCGUCACCUUUGUCGUCUGGAUAGAGGACAACAAGGGCUGGCAGUGGGGCUUCGCCAUAGCCACCAUCUCCAUAGCUCUCUCGGCGGUCAUCUUCGUCGCCGCAUCUCCCGUUUCCCGGAGCAAGCUACCGAGGGGAAGCCCCCUCACCACCAUUGCCAAGGUGAGCAGACACUGCCACGGAGCCGUUCAUUUUCCUCCGUUCUACCAUUCCUUCUGAUAAUCUCACAGACACACGGACAUUAAUUAACAUGCCGGAAACUUUCGUUUUUCCAAUCGGGAGGUGGUGUGUGCCACCGUCCUUAGCACCGGGACGGCUGAAACUCCAAAGGAGCCCGUUGUGGCCCCCGCCGGCAACCAUGCUAACGAGCCCCAGGCUGCGGUGCGGAGAGACGCCACAGGGAACCCAUCCGAAGGGCUGAGAUUCCUCAACAGGGCGGUAAAGAGGAAGCCCAUCUUCCAGACGCUCGCCUGUACAGUGGAUGAACUCGAACAAGUGAAGGUGAUCGUGAGGAUCCUGCCGAUCUUCGUCUCCACAAUCAUGCUCAACUGCUGCCUCGCCCAGCUCUCCACCUUCUCCAUCGAGCAGGCAGCCACUAUGGACACCAAGCUGGGCUCCCUGGUCGUGCCGCCAGCAUCACUCCCCAUCUUCCCAGUGGUCUUCAUCAUGGUCCUCGCCCCGCUCUACGACCAUCUCAUCAUCCCCUACGCCCGGAAGGUGACGGGGAACGAGUCGGGGAUCACCCACCUGCAGAGGAUCGGCGUGGGGCUGGUCCUCUCGAUCCUGGCCAUGGCGGUGGCGGCUCUCGUGGAGCUCAAGCGGAAGCGAGUCGCCGCCCGCUCGGACAUGCUCGACUCGUCCAGCCCGCUCCCCAUCUCCUUCUUCUGGGUGGCCCUGCAGUAUCUCUUCCUCGGCUCCGCCGACCUCUUCUCCCUCGCCGGCCUGCUGGAGUUCUUCUUCACGGAAGCGCCCUGGGGGAUGAGGUCCAUGGCGACGUCACUGUCGUGGGCGUCCCUGGCGACGGGCUACUACCUCAGCUCCGUCCUUGUCACGAUAGUCAACGGUGCGACGGGCGGCGGCGGCCGCCGGCCGUGGCUCUCCGGCAGCAACCUGAACUAUUACCGCCUGGAGAGGUUCUACUGGCUCAUGUGCAUCCUCAGCACGUUGAACUUCUUGCAGUACCUCUUCUGGGCCUCCCGUUACAAGUACCGGCACCCGGUGCCCAAGGCUUGA